AUGACGCCCCAUCCACUGGAUAUACUUACCGUCGACGAAGUUUGUCGUGCCAGAGACGCUGUCAAGACCCUACACCCAGAGCACAAGCUAUUCUUCAGAGAGCUCUACCUGGACGAACCUCCCAAGGCUGCACUACGACAGUAUCUCGAUGCAGAGCAUGCCGGCAGCUCGCCAGCGCCCCUUCCUCGGCAAGCGCUAUGUCAGUACGAUGUUCUAGACGGCAAAGGCGGCGUCCAGUCGCACGAAUCAAUCAUUGACGUAUCUUCUGGGAAGAGGAUAUCCCACGAGAUAGUUCCGGAAGAGCACCAUGCUUCACUUAGCACGACGGAGUUCAAGCAUCUUAUCGUGGCAUGUGGAAAGUCACAGCUCUUCAAAGACGCAGUUGCCAAACUCAAACUGCCGGAAGGCUUCGAAGUCGUCAUUGAGCCAUGGCCGUAUGGUGGACUAGCUGCAGAUGAAGAGAAUAACCGAUAUUUCCAAGGCUUGUUAUUUGGUCGUGACACAAGACUCAACAACCCCGACUCCAACUUCUAUGCUUACCCUCUACCAUUGAUUCCUAUCAUGAAUGCCAGGACGCGAGAGAUCGUCAGAGUGGACAAGCUCCCGACUGGUGGCGAACAGGACGGCUUGCAGGACGACACCCAUUUGGAGAAUGUCAUCGACCACUGCAGCGCUGCCGACUACGUGCCAGAACUGCUGCCUCAAGGCACAAGGAAGACUCUCAAGGCGCUGAACGUUGCUCAACCCGACGGUCCAUCGUUUAGCGUGACUGGCGGCCUCGUUGAGUGGCAGAAUUGGCGCUUCCGGGUCGGUUUUAACCCUCGGGAGGGUGCUACGAUCCACGACGUGACGUAUCAGGGUCGAAGCGUGAUGUACCGACUGAGCAUCAGUGAGAUGACGGUCCCUUAUGCGGACCCGCGCGCACCUUUUCCGCGGAAACAGGCAUUCGAUUUUGGCGACGGCAGCCUUGGACACGCAACAAACAAUCUCCAGCUGGGCUGUGACUGCUUGGGAGCUAUAAAGUAUUUCGACGGUGUUAUUGUCGACUCAGAUGGCAAGGGACAGGUAGCCCCUAAUGUCAUUUGCUUGCACGAACAGGAUAAUGGGAUCGGAUGGAAGCAUACCAACUGGCGGACGGGACGUGCGGUGGUUACCAGAAACCGAGAAUUGGUUGUCCAGUUCAUUAUCACGCUGGCGAACUACGAGUACGUGUUUGCGUACAAGUUUGACCUCUCCGGUGGCAUCACGAUCGAAACCAGGGCCACAGGGAUUGUUAGCGUCGUCAACAUCGACGCUGGCAAGACUAGCAAGUACGGGAAUAUUGUCAGUCCUGGUGCCCUGGCUCAGAAUCAUCAGCAUAUAUUCUGUGUGCGCAUAGACCCCGCUAUCGACGGGAACGAGAACACAGUAGUGGUCGAGGAAUCACAUGCCGUCCCAUUCGGCCCUAACAACCCGGCGGGCAAUCUGUAUGAAGUUCGCCGCGAGCCUGUUGAGAACUCGAAGUGGAUUGACGCCUCAUCUCGGCACAAUCGUGUCAUCAAACUCGUCAAUGAGAGCAAAACAAACCCUAUCAGCGGGAGACCUGUUGGGUACAAGUUUACGCCUGCAGAUACGCAGCUUCUCCUCGCCCAACCAGAAUCCGGACAGGCACAACGGGCUAUUUUCGCCCAACACCACGUUUGGGUCACCAAAUAUCUUGAUCGAGAAUUGUAUGCAGGCGGCAGGUAUACACUACAGAGUAAGAAGGAAAUUGGCGGCGUUGGCGAUGCCGUCAAGCGGGAAGACGCCGUGAAGGACACCGACGUUGUCAUUUGGAGUGUGUUCGGCCUGACACACAAUCCUCGAGUUGAGGACUGGCCCGUAAUGCCUGCCGAAGUACAUCAGAUCAAUCUGAGACCAGCAGACUUCUUCACCCAGAAUCCGUCGAUCGAUGUGCCUUCGUCGAGGAACAUGUCAUCGGUAUCGACGAACGGCGCCGUGACAAACGGCACGCCGGCUUGCUGCAGCUAG